AUGAGAGAUAAGGAGCAAACACUGUAUCGUUCUCUAGGGAGGAACCGAAGGCACUGUAAUAACGAAGUCAGCUGGAAAAGAAACACUGAAGAAAGACAAGGAGAACAGCGCACGGGGGCGGCCGGGGCCAGGAAGGAGAGCGCGGCAGCCCGGCACAAAGGACCAUUGUGCUGGGCCCCGCGGCCGCGGGAGGACUUGGCACCCCGAUCAGCUGGGCCCCGCGAUGAUGCACGUUCUCUGGAGGGAGACCCUGGGAUCCCAGCUGAAUACAGGACAGCUUGGGCAACGAAAAAACACCAGGAAAUGAGCCUCCACCGAAAAACUCGGCUACAGACACGGGGAGGCAUUGCCGAGGGCAGCCUGGAGUGUCCGGGCCCUCCUGGGAAAAGCUCUCUACAUCCUCAGGUUCCAGAGAGAGACCCCCGAAUUCCCCAGCCCCUAGGUACAGCAGUGCUCACAACAGGCUCUCUGGACACCGGAACGCCAGCCCCACUUGCCUGCAUCCUGGAGAUGGCUUCCCAGAGGUCUCCUGACAUGACACCAGGCGCUCUGGGCUUCAUGCUUGCAGCAGCGCCCCCAGACCCCCGCCAGUGCCCCGCUUCUGCGCCCACCUGUGCACUCAGCCUCUCGCAGUGGCGGCCGUGCCCCCCAGGGUCUCUUCUUGCCUGGAGGCUGCGGCUACACCUGGCCCAGGCGCUCCCAGAACUUCUCGACCAUCCAGUGGGUUACGACCACACCUUCUUCAACGAGGUCCAAGGCCCCCUUCCAAGUUGA